GUGAGGUGUGUGGUGCGUAAACAAACGACGCUCACGCGCCCAUCUCCAAUCUCUAGAGAUUUUUCGAGGCGUAAUUUACACUACACAUUUGACAAAAUUCCAACAAAGGAAUAAAUGCAACAGCAAAGGCAUCGUUUGAAAUAUGAGUCGAAAGGGAUCGCGAGAACAAAAUGAUAUAUCGCUGAUAAUUGGGACGCUGCCCAAACGUCUUCAGAAUAAAAUCGCGGCCAGCUGCAGCCACGCAGCAACAACAACAAGGGUGACAACGGUGGAGACGGAAAACGCUGAGAAUGCGGAGCCAGUUUCAACGACUACGAAUGCGUCAAGGCCAGUCACCAUCCUGAGCAAUUCAGCUGCAGGGAAACCGAUUCCGGAUCCGCAGCCUCAAACCGUUUUGGUUGCCAGCGGGAAGCUGCCUCGGGAAUGCGGGAUUCCAGGCAUAUUGCGCGUGGCAACAGCUGUUGCGGGAGGAAAUGGAAACAGUCAGGGAAAAUCCGGACACAAUGCACGGCGCAGGGGUCGCAAUCAUCCUGGCAAGGACAAGGAGCAUGCUCCACAGUCGCCAGUGACGCGCACCCGUUUGACCACCGAGCAUCCCGACUGGUUUGAACCUCUGUUGGGCCUGCCCCAGGCCAAGAACGUAGUCCAGUUGUACGAUCAGUUGAUGGUGCUGCAUCAGAGAAACCUUAUACUAGUAAACUGGAAAAACUUUUGCUACAUUCACGACCAGCUGCAAGACGCGUUCAAACAACUUCUUCUGGAGCAGCUGAAGUUCGUGUGCGAACACAAGGUCGAUGUCUUCUUUUGGAAACUACUCUUCUACAACGUGCGGGACUACCUGAAGCGCCAGCAAAGUGAUCAGGCACAUGUUCACACGCUUCUUUUGAUAGAACAGGCUACUAAGUUCUACCGCCUGGUGUAUGACAAGCUGAUGGCCAAGUGUAUGGCUUCGUCGCGCUGCGAGAGCGCACUAAAGGUGGUGGCCCAGCGGCUACUCAUUUGUCUGGGCGAUCUGUCGCGAUACCGUGUGAAUCACGUCAAGGCUACAGACUACUUGGAGGCGGCCAAAUACUAUCAGCGCGCCCAGGAGCUUGUGCCCGGAAAUGGAGCCCCUUACAAUCAGUUGGCUGUCAUUUCCAUUUACCAUCACAAGCGCUUCGAUGCCGUUUACUACUAUGUCCGCAGCCUUUUAACUUCCAACUCAAUCCAGACGGCAAAGGAAAGUUUACUGGAUCUGUUCGACGAAAUUCGACGUAAGUACGAGGAGUCUGAGUUGAAGCAAUCGCCUAUGCACUACGCAUCUCCGAAGAACCAAAAGUCUAAGCAGAUGCGCAAAGAGGUCUGGAUCUAUCCAGACGGAAUUAGACGUCUACAUCGCACCGAUGAAAAGGGGAACAAGGCAAAGGGGAACAAAGCCACUUUGGCCGAAGUCAAUCGUUACGAGGAGAUGGCGGCGGAGGAGCUGCUGCCGCGCAUUGUGUCCCUUUAUUUGUAUUUGAUAGGCAAGCUUUACACGGGCACAGAUGUGGACUCGUUAUAUCCGCUGCUGAGAAAACUGCAGAUCCAAAUAAGCGCCGCAUUAAAACACAAGAACCUGUUGUCACGCUCCAAACUGCUGAAAAUAGUGGCACUAAACCUGUUCGUCGUGGAGCACAACAAGCGGAAAACGUCACGCCGUGAGAUGCGUUAUCACAGCUUUAAUUUUGCCAACUCAUUCUUUGGACUUGUGCUAAAAAAAACAAAUGAAUUACUAUCUGGUUUUGUCGCAGCCUUUACAAACAUCGAUUGUCUACCGGAAGAAGACUUUACAACUGUCAACACAUAUCUGCAGUAUGUUAAGGUUUAUGUGCAUUGGCUGAGUAUCAAUGUCGACGUUUGGGAACCGGUCAGAACUGAAGAACACUCUUUCAUCGAUUGCUGGGCAGAGAUUUCCACACUAUUCGAGCACAUUGAGUGCGUGCUUGGAAAGCAGAAGUUAGAAAAGAAAGAAAUCCUCUUGGAUGAGGAUAUUGCUCUGAGUGGCUUUAAUCCCCUGGGCCGUGAAACGAUGAGCAAAAAUUGCAUCAAGCGCGCACCCGAACGCAUUCAGUUCAUAGAACGUAUCCGUAGAAUUGCCCAAUUCCAGAACUGUUAUGUUCAGCAUCAAGAUUUGCUGCAGCAGCCGUUGGACUCGAGCUUCACUAUUGAGGAUCUGAACGUCGCCAUGAAGAAUGCUUUGGAAAACUUCGAUGCUGAGAGCUGCGGCCUUGUGGCUAAAUCGUCGAAGAUGCAGGGCCAAGUAGUUGAGGAACUGCUGUGUCCUUCCACUGAUGCCGACGUUUCGGAGCUGUGCAAGCUUAAAAAGGAGCUAGAGGCCAAGGCUAAGGUCAAGCAGAUAUGCAACAGUAAGCUGCAGGAAAUCCUCAAAUUUGUGGAUACCAAAAUAUAUAUUGAGGUGCGGCCGCGAUACCUUCUGCCUGACACCAACUGCUUCAUCGACUGUCUAGAGGACUUUGAGAAACUGGCUACGGAGUUUAAGCGCUACACUCUCAUUAUUCCACUGACGGUGGUCAAGGAACUGGAUGGUCUUUCCAAGGGUGUUAAGCUGGACUCGUACCGCAGCUCCAAGCAAACGCAGCGCAUCCACCAUUUUGACGAAGUGUCGUCGCGAGCCAAAAAGUCGUUGGAGUUUAUUAAGUCAGCCAAGAGCAAUGUUAAGUGUGCUACCACAAAGGGUUCAUUUGUUAAUUCAUCGGUGUUUGCCUUAGUUGAGGAAGAGUACCUUUCCAAUGACGAUAAAAUUCUGGCGACGGCAGUGGCUGUAUCAAAAACUGCUAAAUCUGAACAGUGCACAGACGGCAAAUGUUUUAUUCAAACGGAGCUGGUGCUUAUUACUACCGAUCGUAAUCUUCGAGUCAAGGCUCUUUCUCGCAAUUUGGCGGUUAGUGCAUUGGAUGAAUUCCUUCAGUGGGCCAAGGAUUGCCGCGAAUCAACCUGAAAGACGAUUUCAACUGCAAUUGGAUUGGCUAACAAUAUAAAUGGACUCGUCCAACGCUAGCUGUGGUGCGGAUCGAGCUCAAGCUAUGAUAUAUUACCUACAUUAUACACAAAUGACGAAGUAUGUUAGGGUCGGCGGAUGCAGACGCGUACGCUAGCCGCGGAUACGUACACGACGUGGGUUCCUGAGGACUGGACACGGGUACACAGGCGCGGACGUAAAGGUGUUUCCCCGAGGUGAUGCUUUCCCCAAGCACAUCUCGUUGGCUUCCACUCAUCUAGUUUGUUCUUUCUCACUUCUUCAAAUGUACAUUUUGUGACCUUCGGAAAAAUUAAAUCACUUUAAAUUGUUGUUUAA